AUGAAGCUGCUACCACUGGCGCUCACGGCGCUCGCCACGAUGGCGACGACGGCGACCGCGAUACCGGGCUACGACGACGUGCCCUUCCACCUCUCGCGGAGCGCCAAUGCCGUGCCGGGGCCAUCGAGCCUCGCGCCAACCCCAUCGUCUUCGGGGUCCUAUGCGCGUAGCUCGCAGGGACCUGGGACAGCACGCGCAUCGUCUGCGCCCGGAAGGAGGAGCGGCGCCGGCGCCGGCGCCGCACUUGAACCCCAACCACCGGCGGUCGGGAGGACGACGGCGUCCGUCUGGGACAUUCUCGGGGGCCGUAGACGGAGGGCAGUCCGUUCGGGGCAACCGAGGGCGGAACAGAGGUCGCCUUCCUUUUCGACCAUGAUCGAGAUGGUGGACCCGGGGACACGGAGCAAGGGCAAGGGAAAGGCCAGAGCGACGGAGUCUGACGUCGUCGGCGGCGGCCGGAGGACGAAGCGUGCCAAGACGUGCAAACGUCAGGAUGGGGCAGGCGGGAAGGGCAGCGCAACGGGCGGCGCAUCGUCCGGUGCUGGAAGUGCAACCGCGUCGGGGAUCGUCGCUGCGCCAACGGCUACGGCCAGCGCAAAACCCGGCGCGACCAACACCAACACCACCACCACCACCAACACCACCACCACCGACGGCGACAAGACAGUCGACACCGGCAAAGUGAUGGCUGGCUACUGGCCGGACUGGUCCAGCUCGAGCCUGCCGCCGGAGAAGAUUGACUUCUCCAAGUUUGACUUCAUCAACUACGCCUUUGCGCUGCCGACGCAGGACUUCAACCUCAACUUUCCGACCGACAACACCAAGGGCCUGCUGAAGCGGCUCGUGACGGCGGCGCACGGCGCCCAGUCCAAGGUGGUGCUGUCGAUCGGCGGGUGGGGAGGCUCGACGUACUUCAGCCCGGCCGUCAAGACGAGCGCGUCGCGCUCCAAGUUCAUCGCCAACAUCAAGGGGGUCUACGACCAGUACCAGCUCGACGGGAUCGACCUGGACUGGGAGUACCCGGGGCAGGGCAACGAGGGCAACCAGUACGAUCCGCAGGACACGAUGAACUUCCAGACGUUCCUGCAGGAGCUGCGCGCCGCCCUGCCCCAGGGCGCCAUCCUCUCGGCGGCGGUGUCGCACCAGCCCUGGAUCGCCAGCACGGGGCAGCCCGUGACGAGCGUGGAGCGGGCCGCGAGCGCGCUCGACUACGUCCUCAUCAUGAACUACGACGUGUGGGGGUCAUCGGGCAACCCGGGCGCCAAUGCGCCGCUGGCCGACCUGUGCGGCAACUCGAGCCAGCCCAGCGCCAAUGCGGCGGCGGGCGUCAAGCAGUGGGCGUCGGCGGGCAUGCCGAGGGAAAAGAUCCUGCUCGGCAUCCCGUCGUACGGCUACAUCAACUCGUCGAGCCGGCGCAAGCUCAAGGCGCGCAGCGACAACUCGCUCCGGGCCAAGACGCUGGCCAUCCGGGAUGCCAGCCCGUCCAAGGGCGCCACGACGCCGCCCGGAUACGUCGCGGCGCCGGAGCGGGAUGAGGGGAGCCUGCUCGAGCUACGAAGCGACGUGCCCUCUGGCAGGGUCGGUCGCUACGACGCUCGCCGGCUGCCCUCCUCGGGGUCUUCCUCGACCGCCCCCGCCCUCUCGCGGCGCGGCACGCUCACCUCGAGCGACGGCUCGACGAGCUCUGGCCAGAUCAACUUCAACCAGCUCGUCAAGCAGGGCGCGCUGACAAAGGACAAGUCGACGGGCCUGUUUGUCGCGGCGGGGGGUUACCAAAAGUACUGGGACGACUGCUCCGACACGCCGUACCUCGCCAACGGCCAGACGGUCGUCACCUACGACGACACUUCGUCGCUGUGGGACAAGGGCGCCUUUGCGGUGCAGGCCGGUAUCGGCGGCCUCAACAUCUGGAGCAUCGACGGAGACACCGAUGGCUGGGACCUGGUCAAUUCGGCGAUUGCCGGUAUGUCCCAAGCCUGA